AUGGGGAAACAGCUAGAUUCCUUCAAGACAUCACUCGAAGACUUCGCAGGGAAGUACAAACAGGAGAUUAAGAAGAACCCUGAGUUUAGAGGCCACUUUCAGCAGAUGUGUGCUCGCAUCGGUGUCGACCCUUUGGCAUCAAGCAAAGGUUUCUGGGCAGAGCUGCUUGGUGUUGGAGAUUUCUACUAUGAGCUUGGUAUCCAAAUUGUUGAAAUCUGCAUGGCAACAAGGUCACGGAAUGGAGGCCUGAUGACAAUGGAUGAGUUACACAAGAAAAUUCUCAAGACUAGCAAAUCUAGACAAGAUGUAUCUGAGGAUGAUUUGGCACGUGCCAUCAAAAAGCUACAUGUAAUGGGAAGUGGCUUCCAGAUCAUACCAGUCGGUACCAAACGGCUUGUCCAAUCAGUGCCAGGAGAAUUGAGCAUGGAUCACACUGCUGCUCUUCAGCUCGCACAGGGUACAGGGUGCACAUCUGUAUCAUCCAUAAUGAAGGAUCUAGGAUGGGAUGUUGAUCGCACAAAGAGAGUUUUGGAUCACAUGGUUCAUGAAGAGAUGGCCUGGGUUGAUGACCAAGCACCCAAUGAAAGAUUAUACUGGUUUCCAGGUCUCUUCCCAGAAACAUAGCCUGCUGAAUUGAGGCCAUAUAGAAGAAUUUCAAUUAAAUAUAAACCAUUGUGAACUUAAAAUAUCUAUUGUAGUGGCAAUUCCCGAGAAUCAGGUCAUAAUUCUUGAUAAUUUCCAUUGCGUCACUGUGUAAUUAAAUUACAAGACCAAUUUACAAGGUGGCAGUGUAUUGAUGUGACAAUGAUGAUGACAAGGUAAUUAGUGCAAACAUUUCAUCCUUCUUAGAUGUCAGCUCUAAUUCAGAAUCACCUUCUGGUUACCAAUAAUUCAAGCUAUGAUCAGUGAAGUAUUCAAUUCAAUGCUACCUAUUUAAACUCCUUGAUGAAGAGGGGUACUGUGAGAGUGACAAGUAAACCAAGAAAGGGAUCAAAAUCAGCCAUGAUUACUCUGUCAAGAUCAUUGCAACCUGUCUAGAGACCUACCUGGAAAAUAUUUUUCAACAAAAUGUAAUAAAAUUUUGUUUGGGAUCCUGGCAAAGACAAUUGCUUAAAUUCUGAAACAAUUACAAAAACACUUCUCUUUUCAGCCUAUGUAUAAGUUGUAAAACUGUGUUUAAUUGUAAGUAUUUCCUAAUGCUGAAUCCAAUUUAGUUUAGGCAGUUAGCUCAGAUAAAGAGGGUAAGUUCCUAAAGAAACUGUGGUGCUGCAUUGGUGGGAGAGUAUAAUGGAGUUAUUUAGUAUUUUCAACCAAGUUAAUCAUGUAGAUUAGCCACUGUAAGGAGUUUCAAAGCUGAUGUUUAGAGCAUCAGCCCUCUGUCAUUCACUCUGAUAAAGAGCUAACACUCAAAAUGUCAGCUUUAAACCUUUUUUAAGGUAGGUAGCUCAGAUAGUUUAGUCAGGUAUCUCAAUCUUACUUACAGACCCACCUUAACCCUUUUACUCAUGAGUGACCAAGACAGAAUUUCUCCUUACAAUAUCAAUAUAGUAUCAACCAAAAGAAGUGAUAAAAAUAAAGAAAAAUAUUAAUUUGGGGAUAAUUAGUUGAUCCAAUACUAAAUUCUCCGAACUAACACCAUAAGAAUUGUAUAGUUGACAAUAAGGAGAAUUACAAACUUGGUCUGGGAGUUAAGGUUAACCUAGCAGUGGCUAUUUGCAGAUCAGUCAAUGUAAUAUUGAUAAUUUGGAAACUGAAUAAAAACUGGAAGUUACAAGUAU